AGGUUAAAAUCAAAAAUGAAAUUACUGGGAGUUUUAUCCCCUGUCAAAAAUUCUGCUGUCAGUUUAGACCUCCUUAACCUAUACAUGGUAAAUCAAAUAUCCUGCCAGAAGAAAACAUCUGAAACUGCGAGAAAACCAGUGCAUGUAAAUAUGAAUAGAGACAUAAAGAUGCCCCUGAGGAAACACGAUUUGGAACUUCCAAUGUCGCCUCACUGUGCGCCAUCCAACCUCUGCAUUGAUGAUAUAGAAAACAAUAAAUACUAUCAAAGACUAGACAGCAAGGAAGAACUUGGCCCAGCUCAGUCAUCACAAGUCAUGGACUCAAAUAGAAUGUCUGAACCUCAGUUCAACAGAACAGAAAACUGCAGUUUCACUCCACCAUCUUUUUCAGCAGAAUCAUCUUCUAAUAAAAAUAUAAAACAAGAUUUCAUUCCCAGAAUAGCACCUAGUUCUCAGAAAGUUGCAUAUAAAAGAAAGCAGAAUGAACAGCUGAGUAAUGUUAAUUAUUCUAAUUCCUUGGUUUCUAAACUAAAUGAAAGUCAAGAUGCUCUCAGCUCAUCAUAUGAAACUGCACAAUUUGGAACAUUAUUUGAAAGAUUAAAUUGUCCAGGAAAUAGAGAUGUCCUUACUGGGAGACCUGCUAUAGAUAUAGGUGAAGAUUGUGGAAGCAUGGAUGAGAGAAGACAGUCAGACUUCAUUACUGAAAAAAAAUCAUUGCAGCAUAUUUGGGGAGAAAACCGAGAAGAGGCUUCAGAUGAAGAUGUAAACCAGCCACUCUCAAGCCUUCAAUCAGAGAAUUCUGCCUCUUUUAUUAGUGAAAAUAUAAUUAAUUUGUUAAACAUCGAUCAACAGAAGAUAAAGAAAACCUUUGAUGGGUGUGGUUAUGACAACAUGGGAGAUAUUUGUGGAGUCAUUAGUUCUGAUAAAAACCAUUUCACAGAUCAAUGCAUUAGAAGUAUUUUUACAGAUCCAGAUUUGACUUUAAGUAAUUCUACUUUUAAUAAAGAACAUUAUCCAGAAAAGUGUCAACCAAACAAGAACUGUCAGAAAGAAUACAACAAUAAUGAAAGAUAUAAUUUUAGUACGUCUUUUGAGAAGGAUUAUUACCCAUCCAGCUCUGAUAAAAAAGGAAAAUUUGAAAGUGAUUACCAAGAGAAGACACCACAGAAAAAGAUACAGAAAUAUUCAGUGAACCAUAUGGGUUAUAUCUCUUUGGAAGAAUUGCAUUCUAAGCAAUCACAGGACUUCGGACGUGGUGAGAUUUUGGUGGAAGAAAGAGGAAUGUGUUCUUUAAAAGGCAGAGCAAUGUCUGCUAAGAACAACUGUCAGUAUAACUAUCUCGAUUCUUCACAGAGUAGUCAGUCUACUGGGUACUCUCCAAGGCCAACAGACAGUUGUUUCAGUUCCAGUUCAGAGAUGCCAUCUGAAGAUGAAGAUCAAAUAUUGCAUCAAACUGAAGAUUCAAAUAAGAGAUCCAUCAAAACCAAAGAAACAAGUAGUAAUUUUAAUUUAGAAAGCAUGGGAAAACUUCCAUAUGAUAGGAUUAUUAAAAACAACGCCAAUUUUCAUAAACAAUGUGAGAGUUUUCACCAGCUUUCAAUGAAAAAUAAUACAGAUCAGUUUCCACAGCCUCAGUGUAAUAACUCAGCACACAUAUUGCAUAACAAAACCAGUAAUAACUACAUUCUACAGUUUGCAAAAUGUGAUGCAUGGGCACAAACAGAGAGUGAGCCUGUAAUGGAAGGAAAAUUAGAUGCUGCUGUACAGUGUGAUAUUAUUUCAAAAUGUAAAUGUAGAAGUGAUGUGGCUUCUUUUUGUAAUGUUGAAAGGUGCAAUGAAAAUAUUAAGGCCGAUACCACUGGAGGGCAGACAAUCCUUUAAAACAGCUAAUAUUCUAAAAUCUCAGUCCAAGAUUUAACAUUUGACUUGAUGUUUAGAAUUUCAUUAGCAUAAUAAAGAAAGAAAAUUUUUGUAGUUAAACAGGUGGUGAAAGUAUUUGAAAGAUACGUUUGUUUUAAAAUUUUUAAUAUUGUUAAUUUAUGCAUUUAGUUUCAUGUAGAUAUUUUAAUAGCUUUAGUAUAUCUUAAAGUUUUUAGAAAAUAAUACAUAUGUAGAUUUACUAUCUGUCAUUAUUAUGGUGGUUAUUCAUUAUAUUAUGACAUGUUGCUGUUUGUAGAUUAAGGUAUGUUAGAUUGCUUCCUUCUUUACUGCAGUUAUUUGAAAAUUUAGUGUAGUUGCAUCUUUUAGCAAAAAUGUUCUCUUCCAGGAUUUUAAGACAGAAAAUAAUACUAAAUAAUAGCAAGUAUAUUUUAUAACCUCAUUAUAAGAAUUUUCUUAGCUUCUUAUCUUAAAUGUUAUUAUACCCUCAUUAAAAUUCUGCAUUGAUUUUUAGAUAAAAUAUUUUUUCUGAUUUGUUUGGAGAACAUUUUCUAUUGGUUCUUGUAUUAAUUCGAAGGAAUGGUUUUUCUUUUCAAGAUUAAAAAAGGCGUUUCAGUGCUUUUGUAAAAGAAUUGUUCAACAUUGGAAAAAUUACUUGUUUACUGAUUUUAAUAUUGCUAAGAUUUUCAUAAAUACUACAUCAGAAUUUCUCACUAGUAAAAUAUAGGCUUUGUCUUGAACAUAACAUUUAUUUUUGUUGUCAAGAUUUUAAAUGUCCAGACUAGUCAUUUUAGAAGAUGAACAUCUAUAUGGAUAUAUUACCAAGUGACCAGCAGGGGGCAUUCUGAUAUCUAACUGAAACAAAAAUAAAAUUGUUAGGGAGUUUCUGUGCGUUUAAAGAAAGGGAUGAUUAGAUACUGAAUUUUUGCAUGUACACAUAUCACGCAAUAGUUUGUGUUCUAGAGGUGAUCUGAAACACAACGAUUUAGAAACACUAACAGCUAAUAUUUAACAGCAAUCUUCAUGUUUUUAGCUAGUUUUAGUAAGUUCUUUUUGCUCCCUCAGGGCACAAUGAACUUCUCAGUCAUUUUCUUAAAAUAUAGUAAUCAUCUCAUGAAAGGGGAAUAUGAUUUUCUGAUGUACAGUGAUAGUUUUUCAAAGGCCAGAUUUUCAUCCUGUUGUUAAUAAAAGGUAUUCCACCAUG